AUGGCAGCCGCCUGUCCGUCAUCAAGCUUGCACUUUGUCGUAUCCACCGAUUUAGCGAAGCCCAAUCCAGAGCUUCGCAAGCUGAUUCGAAGUCACGUAAUGCUGGGGAAAAAUAAGGGAAACCAAAUACCCCCCCGUAAGAAAAAGGGACAGAGUGAAGUCCAAGAUGCUUCACCAUCAAGCCCCAAGUGCACAUAUGCAGACGCCUCCGGCCCCAACGGGCAUCUCCUCGCACCUUUAGCUUCUACCACCGCAGCAUAUGAGAUUCAAACCCAUUCUCCAAUCAUGAUUCCGCGCAACUUCGGUUCAACCAUGUCUACGAUUCGUUUUCCCGACGCUGUGGAGCCUAGUGCAGUCGAAGUGGUUCUGCAGUUCUCUUCCAUCGCUAAGAAGAUUUUGUUCCCUCUGGAGGCAUGCAUGUUUUUCGAGAAAAGGGCGGAAGGAUGGAUAGCGCCUCUUACGUUCGAUUCCGCCUUCCUCCACGCGAUGAUUUUCACUUCACAGCACUACUUCGAUGCUAUAGUUCCCCGGAGGUCCCUUCCUCCCAACGACAGAAUAUUUCCUCAUCUAUUGAAGACACUCAGAAUUCUCCGCGAGAGAUUUGCGCAGGAUGACGAUCAAGCAAGACUUUCUUUCACGACAUUGGCUGCUGUCAUGAGUAUUGCUGGUCAUGCACUCGUCACAGGCGACACCAAGGCCGCCAAAAACCACAUUGAAGGCCUCCACAAAAUUGUCACCCUGAGAGGGGGGGUGACUACGUUUAGGCCAAACGCAAAACUUCUGGUGGAAAUACUUAGAACUGAUCUGGGAAUGGCACUUUGUAGCGACUCAAGGCCGGUGUUCUUCGGCCCCGGGGAGCCCUUCUUACCGUACCCAGACCUCACUCUACUCCUCGAACUGGACGCUCCUUCCAACUCAGUCCUAACCUUCGACAAUAUACACGGCGAGCUAGCUCAAGCCUGGGGAGUCAUGUGGGAUUUUUGCUGCGUGAUUAACUUCGCCGUAAAUACCGAUCAGCGUAUUUCCACAGAAACCUUCCUAGAAACCAUGGCUUCAGUUAUGUAUCGCCUCCUCAACAUGCGUUUCAACUUCGGCUCCAGUGACUAUGCAGUCCGCCUUGGCCUCCUCGCCUUUUCUUCCAAAGUCCUCCUUCAAUGGAAUCAUCUAGGCUUGUCUUAUUCUCACCUAGCUUCUGCCUUUAGAAGCUGCCUGGCGGAUCUAACCUGCUCGCCGCAGCUCAUGGUGUGGCUUCUGAUGGUGGGGGCCGUGUCGGUAUUUGAUGCCAACGAUGACAUGUGGCUGAAGCCUUCCCUACUGCAUAGCCUCAGGUUGUGUGAAAUCGAAUCAUGGACCCAGAUGCAGGAUCUAUUGAAGUCAUUCAUGUGGAUUGAACUAGUAUAUGACAAGCUUGGGAAGGCUAUGUUUGACUCCAUCGUCGGAUCUAAUAACCCGACGAUUUAUGAACGGAUUGAGCCGUAUACGACCAUCCCCUAG